AACCAUUCUGGCCUCAGAGGCCAUAACCUAACACCCCUGGAGCCAAGAAGAUGGCAGAGAAGCAGGAGGAGCCCAGCAACACCCAGAACGGGGAAGCAGACAACGCCGAGGAGGGCGAGGAGAAGAAGAAGAAGAAGGUGAAGAGGGAGGACCUGCCUCCGUUUGAGAUUGUGACAGGGGAGCGCCUCCCGGCCAUAUUCUUCAAGUUCCAGUUCCGGAACGUGGAGUACAGCUCGGGCAGGAACAAAACCUUCCUGUGCUACGUGCUGGAGACCCAGGGCAAGGAGUCGGCCACCUCCCGCGGCUACCUGGAGGACGAGCACGCCGCGGCGCACGCCGAGAUGGCCUUCUUCAGCAGCAUCCUGCCCCGCUGCGAGCCCGGCCUGCGCUACCAGGUGACCUGGUACGUGUCCUCCAGCCCCUGCGUGGCCUGCGCCGACCGCAUCGCCGAGACCCUGCGGCGCAGCAGCAGCCUGCGGCUCAGCAUCCUGGUCGGGAGGCUCUUCAUGUGGGAGGAGCCCGAGGUGCGGGCGGCGCUGCAGCGGCUGCGGGCGGCCGGCUGCAAGCUGCGCAUCAUGAAGCCGCAGGACUUCGAGUACGUCUGGCAGCACUUCGUGGAGCCGGAGGAAGGGGAGGAAGCCAAAGCCUUCGUGCCCUGGGAGGACAUCCAGGAGAACUUCAACUACUACGAGGAGAAGCUGGCGGAGAUCCUGCAGUGAGGCUCCCGACCAAUUCAGAGCUGAUCUCUGGGGAGGUUAACAGCCUCCCACUCCUGGGGCAUUCCUGCUGCCCAGAGCUCUGAUGUCAGCAGGAGGCAAUAACCAACUGGUGGAAGACUAAGCCCUGCUGGCCUGCAAAUACAUGGACAGCACAGACCUG